AUCAAAAUUAAAACCCUAGAUUGCUAAAACCCCAUUUCGGCAACACUGUCACACUCCCUUCUCUCUCUCUCUCUCUCUCUCUCUCUCUCUCGGGGCCUGUAGACAUGGUGUGGUUUCAGUGCGAGGACUGUGGCGAGAACCUAAAGAAGCCGAAGUUGCCGAACCACUUCAGAAUUUGCCCCGCAAACAAGUUAUCGUGCAUUGAUUGCGGGAAAAUAUUCGGGCAGCAGAGCGUCCAGGGUCACACACAGUGCGUUACUGAAGCUGAAAAAUAUGGUCCAAAGGGACAAGGGAAAGCUUUAAAUGGUACAAUAGCAAAGCCCAACGAUGAUCCAAAGAAGAAGCAAAAGCCAGAUGUUGAUAUAAAUGUUGGGUUAUCUGAGCGUCCACCAUGGUUUUGUAGCCUCUGUAAUACCAGUGCUACUAGUAGGCAAAGUCUCCUCCUCCAUGCUGAAGGAAAGAAACACAGGGCAAAAGCACGAGCAUUUCAUGCUGCCAAGGAACAACCCAAGCAUACUGAAGCAUGCCCUCCAGAUACUAAUAUUGCAAAUGAAAAUACUCCGAAGGGUGAAUUGCUUAGCAGUAAAGAUGUAGAGGCUCCGAAGGAGCAGGAUCUAACUAAAGAUGGCUUUGUGGAGAAGAGCUCAGAAGCAGAAAAUGGGAGCCUCUCACUAAAGAAAAAGAGAAAACUUGAUGCAUCCGAAAAUGAUGGCGCUAGGAAAAAGACUGGGGUUGAUACUCUAGGCAGUUUAGGCAAUGGGAAAGCAAUUCAGAUUGAAAGAGCCGGAGCAAAAGAAACAGACUGCCAUGUGAAAAAAGCCAAACAUGGUGUGCCCAAAGAAGACAAGGUGGCGGAAUCUACUCCAGACAAAGAUGGUACCAAAAGGAAAAUUAAUUGGAAGAAGCUGAUAACUUCAGUCCUGAAAUCUAAUCCAGAUGGGGCGUUGAAAAUGAGGAGACUGAGAAAACUUGUUCUGAAAGCGCUUCGGGAAUCCGGCAUAACAGAGGAUGAAAAUCAACUCAAUGAACGGCUUCAACACAAGAUUACUUCAAGCUCAAGAUUUACAGUUGUGGACAAAUAUGUCCAUCUGGUGGCUACAGAUUGAGAAUGAGCAUUAUCAAUGGGAUUAUUUAUAGCAGAAAGCAGCUGCUGAAGGCAUUUCACUGGAAGGUCUCCUAAAUCUCCUCAGGGUUAUGCGUUGUUCCUCAUUUUGUGCUCAUUUCUUUUGGUUUUGUUUGCUCUUUGGGUGGCAUUGUAAGCUAUUAUUCAUUUCUUCCGUCUUUUCUAUUGCUAGAAAAAUUUUCAGAAGAAAUGCGCGAUUACCAUUUUUGUUUCUAACUUUUACCAGGUGACUUGAGUGAAUGUUAACCGUUCAUAGAAAGUCUUAUUAAUUUACAUUUAAAUUUCAAA